UCAAAAAAAGAGCACACCCGGGUUUUCAGAGCUGUGGAAGAUAAGAACAUCGGUCCUUUGAUCAAGACUUCUAUGAAUCGCUGCAUCCACUGCACCAGAUGUGUUCGAUUUGCGAAUGAGGUAGCUGCUUUCCCCGAGUUCGGAACUACUGGGCGCGGAUUUGAUAUGCAGAUUGGAACUUACGUAGAAAAGCUUUUCGCAUCCGAGUUAUCGGGUAAUGUCAUCGAUCUCUGCCCCGUUGGUGCUCUGCUGAGCAAACCCUACAGCUUUACCGCUCGACCAUGGGAAUUACGAAAGACAGAAAGUGUUGAUGUUAUGGAUGCCCUUGGUUCUAAUAUUGUGAUCCAUCAUAGAGGAGGAGAACUGAUGCGGAUUAAUCCGAAAAUGAACGACGAGGUAAAUGAAGAAUGGAUUAGUGACAAAGCGCGUUUUUCGUAUGAUGGACUAAAGACUCAGCGUCUUAUUUGCCCCAUGAUCAAAGAUCAAAGCGGUGUUUUGAGGUAA